AUGUUUCCAGACCUUCCUCCUGUCAAGCCAUCCGCAAUUGCCCUAGGCAUCGUCUUCAACCAAGUCUCCAGUGCCGCGGUGCUUGCCCCUCUCUUCGGUGACACCUACCACCGCGCUAAGGCCGCCGACAGCAAGGAGGAGUUCCUCAAGUCCAAGGAGGCCGCCACUGCUGCUGCUAGCUGGGGUUCUUCUAUCGUCGGUUCCGGAAUUCAGACUUAUGGUGUUGCCGCUCUCAUCAAUGCCACUGGUACUUUAAGCUACAAGGGUGCUGCCUAUCUUGGUAGCUUGGUCUUCUUCGCCUCCUAUUCGCCAUCGCUUGUCUCCGCCCUUGUCACUGAGAACCGGCCUCUCGACACCGUCGCCGUUGGCGUCCUAUCGCGUCUGUUUGAGACCGUCGGUCUCAGCUUGUUCCUCACUUACUGGGGUACUCGUACCAACCCAUUCGACUAG